UAAUACAAUAUAAUUUUUUUUUCUUUUCAUUAUGAAGGUUCUUAACCAUCGCCCUGGCUGUUGAAUCAGUCUAUGGUCUUCAAUUUUUCAUCUCUCUACCACCUUCUCCCACCAAAAAUAACCAACCUUUUGAAUCUUUCUUCAACAAACCACUCACCAUUUUCAUUCCAAAUUCUCAAUCAAAGAGCCUCAGAUGCCACAUUCUAUCUCCAGUGACACCCUUUCUUCCACCUUUUCCCAUUACAUCCAUUUUCUCUUCACCACUUCGGAUUGCACCAUGAAAACCAAAAACCUUGCACACUUUGAUUUCCUUACACGCAUAGUUUAACACAAUUCAAACCUUCUUUCUUACUUUCUUUUUCUCUUUUGAAAACCAUGACUUCUUCUCCCAUUGCAGUCUUCGGUUGGUGUUGAUUAUUCUGCUUCAAUUUUGCUACCAACUUUUUGAACCUUGGUGCGCUUCUGUCCCCUUUUUAAUCAAAAACACACAACAAUCCCUUCCAUUUAGAAUCUUGGUGUGAGUGCUUUUUUAUUUUGGUUUGCUCUAGUUAUAUCAAAAAGUUUGAAUUGAAUGAAAUGGUUGUUGAGCUUUGCUCAGAGAAUUGUGGGGUAUCGUCCAUGAGUCCUAGGAUUUCAUUCUCUCAUGACUUCUCGCAAUCAGAUGUUAUUCCAGUUGAGAAGCACCCUUUGAGAUCAAACUCAUCUGGCUUGAGCUCAAGCAUUGACUUCAAUUUCUGUGUUCAGGAAAGCUUAGAGCUUGAAUCCUCUUCAGCAGAUGAGCUUUUCUCACAUGGGGUUAUCCUUCCCACUCAAAUCAAGAAGGGCCUCAACAAUGUUGUUUUGAAGCAAAAAAGUCAACAGCUAGCACCACCGUCUCAACCCCCCUUACCACCCUCGAAAGCUGUUUGUGACAAUGCCCCUGCCACCACCAGAAAAAGCUCAAAGAAAGAGAGUCACAAAGAUAGCAAGGACUUGAAUGAGGAAGCUGAUGAGAAGCAUAGUUCCAAGUCAUUCUGGAGAUUUAAGAGAAGCAGCAGCUGUGGAAGUGGAUAUGGGAGAAGCUUAUGUCCUUUGCCACUUUUGUCUAGAAGCAAUUCAACAGGGUCUUCCCCAAGUGUUAAGAGGAUACCACUCUCAAAGGAGGGUCAUCAUGUUAAGCAAAAUUCCCAGAAACGUUCUUCCUCUAUCUCAAGGUCUCACCCUCAAUCCUUGGCAUCACACAAUAACCAUCAAAAGCCUCCAUUGAAGAGGAGCCAUGGCUCCUACGCUAAUGGUAUUAGAGUUAGUCCUGUUCUGAAUGUUCCUUCUGCAAACCUUUUUGGUUUUGGCUCAAUCUUCUCCAAUAAUAGAGAUAAGAGCAAGAAAAAAUAGUUCACAAACAAAAAACAACUUCUAUUCUAAUUUACAAUUUUACUAAUUUGCAAAUGAGUGGGGUCUACUUUUUUUUUUAUUGUAAUUCCCAGAUUUACCACGUGAUUAGGAAAAUUUGGUGUAGAGUUUUCAAAGGUAAAUGAAAUGGUUUGGUUUGCUUCAAGACAAAGUGAUGAUAAAAAGAAAAUGUGUGUAUGUGAAUGGGAUGGCCAAACAAUGAUAUUCAGCCACAUGUAUGGUGUCACAAAAUGUCAGGUAAAUGUUGCUUUCAUGGCUGUCCCUUCUUAGUGUAUUAUUUCUCCCUUUUGUUCUUCGGUUACAAAAGGUGUAAAAACGUUGAUUUAACCAUGUCCCUCUAUUGCUUUACUCAUGGUUCUCUGCAAAACAAAGAUUAAAAGAAGUUGAUUAUACAGUAUUAUUGUAAAUUAUUUUCUUCUUUUGGUUA